GGUCUGAUUCACUCACCUCACACACACAGACAGAGAGAGACGGGAGAGCGUGAUUCAAUCCUGUCCUGCAUAAAAAAACCCCUCUCACACUGUCGCACACCUCUCACUGGCGCGUAUUUUACGCACGAGGAUCACCGAGACCUGACGUCUUUUAAGCCGGAGAGUUUGUCGAUACCGGUCGGUUAAUCGGUUAUAUUUUUUUCAUAUAAAAUUGACAGCCCCGGCUUGUUUUGUAUGCGGACUUGCGGAACCUCCACCUGCCCCGUGUGUUUGGAAGGAUCACGGGACUCUGCGGUUCACCUGAGGCGCACGGCGACGUCGUUUGCAUGAAACUGUGGCCAGAUAAAAGCAGUGGAUGCAACUACGCUCCAUUUAUAGAAGAGAGGUGGAAGAGUGGGAGAGGCUCUGAAGAAGACCGGCUGACCACUGGCAGAUACACCUCAGCUAAAAUUCCCUCCAAACCCAGCCUGAGGCGCACCAUGUCCCUCAGCACUUUCCACCUCAUGCAGACCCUCAAGAACUCUCCCGCGGCGCUCCGGCGCCGAUUUCGGCGCGACCGCACGGAGUCUUUGUCCCACGGCGACCCUCUCUUCAAGGUCCACUACCUGGGAACGGAGAAAAUCUUCUCUCUGGAUCGGGAGCAGGCCCAGGACGCCAUCAGCCACUUGCUGGAAGGUAUUGCCAACGGGAAGAAGCUGAGCAAAGAUCACGCCUUGGUGGUGCGACCGAGAUACGUCGAGGUCAAGGAGCUGAGCACGGGUCGGCAGCUCACCAAGACGUACCUGCAGGACAUCGCGUACUGCGCCGCGGACGUCAACCGGCCAAACGUCUUCCUGUACAUCUGCAAACAUCAUGGGCAGCAGCUGCAGUGUCGAGUGUUCUGGUGCAGCCGGGCGGAGAGGGCGAAAGACAUGACGGCCUGCCUGGCGCAUUCGUUCCAGAGGGCGCUGAGCGACUGGCAGCAGGACGGCUCGGCCACGCUGCAGCCGGGAGAGGUGAAGGCCAAACGGGUGGAGGAGUCGUCCAACUCACCCGCCAACGCGAAGAGCUCCACGCUGCCCGCCAGUCUGGGAAAAGUUCGCUGGAAGAAGAGGGGCUCCGUGUCUCGCAGCCCCCUGAGGGCCAUCAGCAGGAGAGGAUCUGCCUCGGACAACUGGAACUGAACCCCGGGCCUUAACCCUUCCAACAUGGUGGGCGGGGGGGGAAACACAUUCACCAGACGACAACCUCAAGGAGGACAGCACUGACAGAACUAGGGAGGGAUUACAAGACAGAGGGACGGACAAAAAGGGGAUUUGAAGUGCGCGAGUCCAUAUUUGGACACGUGAGGACUCUGCUUGUGAGAGGAUGUAAUCAGUGAGCGAGUGGACUUGAAGGUUUUUUUUGAUGCGCCGAAGUUUACUUGUUUUUUGCGAGAGUGGCGCCCGGUGUAGCACAAAAGGCCGCUGACAGCUUCCUUUUGUUCAGCCUGUCAACAGCUGCGCGAGGACUUGUGGAUGGCUGCGGGCCACUUGCGGACGUUUCGUUUCCUCGGCACCUCUACUUGGUUCUCCGAAGCUACCGAGGAGAAUGCUGGGAAGAGACGAUUGAACCGACAGCGAUGAAAGGGCGACGACUUAAAAAAAACUGGAAAGACAACGAAGGCUUUUAUUUUGAAGGCGGAUUUUUAUUUAACUGACAUUUAUGACAGGUCAUGAUGAUUUUAUUUAAUUAUUUUUUUUUAUCCUGUGGCACUAGGAUGCAUGUUUCUCAUCUUUUCUUUGAAGUGGGUAGACAAGACCACACUUUCGGUCUCUGUUUUGACAGUCUAGGCCAUGAUUUCGUAGAUGUAAAGAUAGAGGAAAGAACAGGGUCCAUGGAAAUGAUCUGUGCGUUUUCCACAGUUCCAACUGUAAAAUCAGACCCCUGAACACAUCAGUUGUUCCUUCCUUUUCUACAUUUUAAUAGGUCAGCAGCAUCCAGCACCUGCCUAAUGAAUAACUGGAAGAAACAGACCCUAGCAGAAGCUGCAGGGUCAACAAAUCCUCCCUUCAAGCACCAAAAAAACCCGGAUCAUAACUGUCCUGUCCUAUCCUGAAUUAUUUGCAUCUAUGUGGAAAAACACACACACACACACACGCACACACACACUCGGCCAUGACUUGCAGAGUCUGUCUGUGUCCGAACACUGGGAACGCUGUGUUCCCAUGUGGAGCCUCGGUGUGGAAUGCGCGGCCGUGCACCUGCAUUCCAAUCGGGGGGUGAAAUGGAGACGGAGAAUCUUCUUAAAACUCUCCCCCGCCAUCCAGCCGUGACUUUGCAUGUUGAGCGGCCUCGUCAGUGGACGCUUUUAAUGUGCGUUCAGCUCCGAGCCCGUGACUCGGUUCACAUUAGCGAGGCCAUAAAAGGUGCCCUAGUGCCGAAGCUGGACUGAUCAUUACAGGCAUUUUUUAUGUGCGGUAUUGCAUAACAGGCUGUCAUGGUGGUGAUUUCUGUCUGAAGGUUUACAGACGAAGAUUUAGUGGUGCACCCCGAGGCCACCAUCAAUGUGUCAUUUUUGUGUUCUCGGACCAAAACGAAGCUAGAAAUGUUGCCCUUUUUUUUUUUUUUUUGCUGACUGAUGUGCCACUAGGUUUUAAUCUGUUUCAUUUUGAACAUUUUGUACUCAUGGUGUAUCUUUUCAAUUACAAAAAGCAGCGCAGCCCUGAUCUCAGAAAAAUGGGGGUUGAAGCGCCCGCUUUAAGGCAUAUUUUUAUCAAUGUACUGUUUUCAUGUCGCUGUACAUAUUUAAUAUGUAUUUUAUGGAAUAUUAAAACUUUUUAUACAAGA